CUUGUCUCCCGAGCUUCCCGGCAACGCUGGCCCCGCCCCGCCAUGGCGCCUGAGGACCACGAGGGGGCCACGUCUGUGCUGCAGAGUUUCGAGCGCCGCUUCCUGGCUGCUCGCGCGCUGCCCUCCUUUCCCUGGCAGAGCCUAGAAGAGCAAUUAAGGGAGCCCUGGGGUUCUGAGCUGCUGCUGGCUAUUUUGCAGAAGACUGUGAAACACCCAGUGUGCGUGCAGCACCCACCAUCUGUGAAGUACAUCCGCUGCUUUCUCUCAAAGCUCAUCAAAAAGCAUGAAGCUGUGCCUGCAGAGCCUUUGGACGCACUGUACGAGGCAAUGGCAGAGGUCCUGAUGGCCAAGGAGCCUGCCCAGUGCCACCGGAGCUAUCUGCUGCCUUCAGGAGACUCAGUCACACUCUCUGAGAGCACAGCCAUUGUGUCCCAUGGCACCACAGGCUUGGUCACAUGGGACGCUGCCCUCUACCUUGCAGAGUGGGCCAUCGAGAACCCAACAGCCUUCACUGACAGGACUGUCCUAGAGCUUGGCAGUGGAGCUGGCCUCACAGGUCUGGCCAUUUGCAAGGUGUGCCGACCCCGAGCAUUCAUCUUCAGUGACUACCACAGCCGUGUGCUUGAGCAGCUCUGCAGAAACGUGCUCCUCAAUGGCUUCUCAUUAGAGCCCAACGCCCCUGCUGGCCCAGGCAGCUCGAGAGUGACAGUGGCUGAGUUGGACUGGGAUGAAGCAACAGAGUCUCAGCUCUCUGCCUUCAGGGCAGACGUUGUCAUCGCAGCAGAUGUGUUGUACUGCAGGGAAGUGACGCUCUCCCUGCUCAGGGUCCUGAGGAUGUUUGCUGCCAGUUGGGGGAAGCAAGCUCCUGAAGUCUACGUGGCCUAUACCAUCCGCAGCCAGGACACGGGCAAACUGUUCAUCGCUGAGCUAGACCGUGAGAAAAUCUAUUGGGAACAGGUGCCUCCUCAUGCUGGGAAACUCUUUCCUUACGAAGCGCCCUCAGCCAUCGUGAUCCUGAAGCUCAUGCUGCAUGGUUACCCCAGCUUUUGAAGGUGAUUGGGAAAGUGAAAUCACUGUUGGGAGGACA